AUGGCUUCCCCACUUGGCCUCUGCCUCCUCGGGCCCCUCUUGGAUGGCCACCUGGAAUGCCCCGCAGCAGCCACAGGGGGAACCAAAGAGACAGAAGCCUUCCCAGCUGCCCGGACCACAGACGCCAACACCCCCCGCCCCACCACACGCCGCCUUGCCGCCCGCGCCCCGCACGCUACACGACCGAGAGGCGGCGGCAGCAGCAGGCUGCAGGCUGCGGUGACUCGCACCGGUGCGCUCCUGGCAGCGCUUGCUAUCCCAAGUGACACGGACUGGCCCCGGGUCCCCGGCCCCAGCUCCCGCUCGCGCCACCCGCCCUCCUGUCCUUUCCCGCCUCUCUACCCCCCAGCUCGCGGGAAGGGAGGUCGCGGCAGCGGCCUGGAGGCACCGGCGACCGUGGCGACAGCGGCGAAAGUGGCGGCGGCGGUGGCGGCAGCGGCUGCGGCGGCGGCGGAGGCUGCGGCGGCGACCGUGGCGGAGGCUGUGGCGGAGGCCUCCGUAGCGGAGGCGGAAGCAGAGGUGGAGGCUGAGGUGGAGGCCGAGGCCUCAGUAGAGGAGGCAGUGGCAGAGGGCACCCGGGGGGAGGUGGCGGCCGCCCCGGCAGAGGGGAAGGAGGCGGGGGCUGCCCUGGCGGCAGUGGUUGUGGAGGCUAGCGCGGCUGAAGCUGCCUGCGCCGCCGCCGCCGCCGCCGCGGACGCGGACGCGGACGCGGAGGCGGCGGCGGAGGUGGCGGCGGCGGCUGCAGCCGCGGAUGCAGAUGCAGAUGCAGAUGCGGGUGCGGGGACCAGCAGGGUCUCCGAGGGGAACCCAGACUUUCCUAUGGCCUCGCUGUACGUGGGCGACCUGCACCCUGAAGUGACAGAAGCAAUGCUCUACGAGAAGUUCAGCCCGGCCGGGCCCAUCCUUUCCAUCCGCAUUUGCAGGGACAAGAUCACCCGCCGCUCGUUGGGCUACGCGUACGUCAACUACCAGCAACCGGUGGACGCCAAGCGGGCCCUGGAAACCCUGAUUGAUGUCAUCAAGGGCAGGCCCGUGCGCAUCAUGUGGUCCCAGCGGGACCCCUCGCUCCGCAAGAGUGGGGUGGGCAACGUCUUCAUCAAGAACCUGGGCAAGACCAUCGACAAC